UGGUUGGUCGUCUUUCUAAAAAAUAUUAUUUGCCUCUUUUGAAAAAAAAAAAACAUUAAAUUUUUUUGUUAGAGGAAAAAAUUCGCCUUCUUUUCCAUGAAGGUUUUUCCUUCUCUACCUUUUUCCCCCGACCCUUUCUCUGUCUUUUCCUGGUUGCGACAUGGAUAUCUGAGAGGCACUUACCCUCAUAUGAACUAGAAGAGGAACCAUUUUCUGGGUUUAAAAUUUCUUGGGGAAUUUGGUGCAAACUUUACCGGGAAAAUUGGGGUGCCCGGGAGCAUGUCAAAUUCAAGCACGAAGUAUGAAAAUAUUGAAAAUAGUAGCGACACCCAGGUGGUUUUGAAUGUGUACGAUCUUACCCCUAUCAACAAUUACACGUAUUGGUUCGGUCUUGGGAUUUAUCACUCGGGCAUUGAAGUUCACGGAAAGGAGUACGGAUUUGGUGCCCAUGACUUCCCAGUUAGUGGGGUUUUUGAAGUGGAACCAAGGAGCUGCCCAGGAUUUAUUUAUCGAUGUUCCAUAACAUUGGGCCGCAUAAAUAUGUCUCCCUCUGAAUUCCGAAUGUUUAUCGAAAAUACAGCUUCUGAGUAUCAUGGAGAUACUUAUCACCUUAUCUCCAAGAAUUGUAACCAUUUUACAGAUGACAUCUCAUUGAGAUUGACGGAAAGACGUGUUCCUGGUUGGGUGAAUCGUCUUGCUCGGCUAGGGGGGUUGUGCAGUUGUCUGCUUCCUGAAAGCCUUCAAGUGACAACUGUUAAGCAGCUACCUGAAUACUACGAGUGUACCGAGGAUGGAAGCGAAUCUCAUGCUACCACAACACCUCGGCAGUCGACAGAAGUUGAUACAGAUCAAGAAAAGCACCUACUAUCACCUUCAUCUGGAGGAGGGGAAGUGUCUUUUGUUAAAGAGGCCCACAAGUGAAAACGAAAACGAAGCACCUACUCUCCCAACUGUUGUUUGGAAUCUUUGUCAUGGUUGAUUGGAAUUGAAAUGCGCUUGCAUAUCAACAUAUGAUUCUUUUGGGUGGGGACUUUGCUUGGAGUGCUUGCAUGCAUGAAUCUCUAUCUGAUUGUUGUAACAUACCCUGAUUCUUUCUCAUUUAUUCUAAUUUUCUUUUUGGCCUCCCCCAUUUUCUUGCUUCAUUGGCUGUAUCCGGGGAAUUGGGACAUGGAUGAUCAUGCCGUAAUUUGAUGUUUGAUGGAAAUGUAUUAUAUUAAGCUUUUGGACGAGGGACAUGUCAGUUUCCUAAUGACUUGCAAAACUGGAAUGGAUACGUCCUAGUUUUCUC